AUGAAUAACAGUUGAAAAUGGAAAAAAUUGAAUAAUUCAAAUUACAAAGUAUCUCUAACCCUUUGUAACAAGGAUAUUCAGGACAUCUGACCAAAAUAAGCAGUAUGGCCUAAUUUUCAAACUGAGGAAAGUAGCCUUACAACUUGGCUGAAUAAGACUUCUUUUCCACUAGAGGCAAGAUAAGACCUGAUCAGACAGACAGGAUCAUAUCAGUAGGAUACAGAGGGUUUAACCGAUUGCCAAAUAUAGAAUUCCUUUCAGAAUAUCGUAAAGAGUGUAACUUGUCCUAAAAAAUAUU